GGGCUCCUCCCACCAGCUACAGCAGGAUGGGAUUCAUAAUAAACUUUCCUGCGCUGAGGAGCGUGAGCUUCAGAGUCAACGCUGAAGUCAGAGGAGUUCCACACAUCAGCAUGUCUUCAGCCGCCACAGCAGACUUGGAGCUGGAGUUGAGCGAGCUGCUGCAAGAGUUCCAGGAUGUGGUGGAGGAGCUGAAGGUCCCCACACGAGGCAAAGCACAUGUGUACCAGCACGUGCUGAAGGAGGCCAAGAGCCGAGCAGCGCCGGGCGACGACUGCGGCCUGGAGGAUUCCGAUUACAGCAGCGGAGCUUCCAUGGGCAGCAGCCUGAAUGCCAGCGAGGAGGAGCUCCACACGGCCGGCCUGGCGCAGGCCUCCAGAGCCAAGCUGGGCGACACCAGAGAGCUGGAGAGCUUCAUUGACAUGUUGGACCGGGAACUUGCUGAAAUGUGAACGGGAGACGGCAGUGGGGCCAGAGGAGAGCCGUGCCCUCCGUCCGCUCGGGGAGGACAAAGCUUCAUGCCUCGUGUGAAGAAAGGGCCUUUCAUUUUAGAAAUGCUCGCUGAGACGGAAAACCCUGGCAGGUCUUGGUCCAUGAAGACUGGGAGGACAAGCCUCCACCUCAUAUGAGACGCCGCGGCUUCUGAAGCUCCGACUGGACCCCGCACCCCAAGUCAAACCCUUCUCAAAGCAUGUCAGUGCUUCUGUCCCUGCCAGGCCUGUGUAAAUAUGUUGAUUUAUAAAUAAAGAUUUGG